AAAGGGAGAGCGGAGAGCCAAGGAGACCCGGAGAGAUAAAGCUCGAGGCGAGAAAUAAUAAAAGGGCGAGGGGGAAGGAGAGGGGGGCGAGAGAGGAGAGAGAGAGAGACGGGACCGCGAGGAAGGAGAGAUAAAAGAAGCGGAGGGAAGGGAAGUGAGUUUGUGCGCGCGAGUGAGUGUGCGUGUGAGUGUGCAGGGGCGGGCGCGGGCGGGCGGGGGGCGGGCUCCCGGGCUCCCCUCCUCCCCAGCCCGCUCCUCUCGCUCCCUCGCCAACUCCGGGCCCGAGCCGCGGGCGGGCGCACGGCGGAAGGACAGCAUGCUGAGCCUCCUCGUCUGGAUCCUCACUCUCUCCGAUACUUUCUCCCAAGGGACCCAGACCCGCUUCAGCCAGGAGCCAGCCGACCAGACCGUGGUGGCGGGACAGCGGGCCGUGCUCCCCUGCGUCCUGCUCAACUACUCGGGGAUCGUGCAGUGGACCAAGGAUGGGCUGGCGCUGGGCAUGGGCCAGGGCCUCAAAGCCUGGCCACGGUACCGCGUCGUGGGCUCUGCGGAGGCCGGGCAGUACAACCUGGAGAUCACAGACGCCGAGCUUUCUGACGAUGCCUCUUACGAGUGCCAGGCCACGGAGGCUGCCCUGCGCUCCCGGCGAGCGAAACUCACCGUGCUCAUCCCCCCAGAGGACACCAGGAUUGAUGGCGGUCCUGUGAUCCUGCUGCAGGCAGGCACCCCCCACAACCUCACAUGCCGCGCCUUCAACGCCAAGCCUGCCGCCACCAUCAUCUGGUUCCGGGACGGGACGCAGCAGGAGGGUGCUGUAGCCAGCACGGAACUGCUGAAGGAUGGGAAGAGGGAGACCACCAUUAGCCAGCUGCUCAUCAACCCUACAGACCUGGACAUUGGGCGUGUCUUCACCUGCCGCAGCGUGAAUGAGGCCAUCCCGAGUGGCAAGGAGACGUCCAUUGAGCUCGAUGUGCACCACCCCCCUACGGUGACCUUGUCUAUCGAGCCCCAGACGGUGCAGGAGGGCGAGCGCGUCGUCUUUACCUGUCAGGCCACGGCCAACCCGGAGAUCCUGGGCUACAGGUGGGCCAAGGGGGGCUUCCUGAUUGAAGAUGCCCAUGAGAGUCGCUAUGAAACAAAUGUCGAUUAUUCCUUCUUCACGGAGCCGGUGUCCUGUGAGGUUCACAACAAAGUGGGGAGCACCAAUGUCAGCACGUUGGUCAAUGUCCACUUUGCCCCUCGGAUUGUAGUUGACCCUAAACCCACGACCACAGACAUUGGCUCUGAUGUGACCCUCACCUGUGUCUGGGUUGGGAAUCCCCCCCUCACCCUCACCUGGACCAAAAAGGACUCAAACAUGGGGCCCAGGCCUCCUGGCUCCCCACCCGAGGCUGCUCUCUCUGCCCAGGUCCUGAGUAACAGCAACCAGCUGCUGCUGAAGUCGGUGACCCAGGCCGAUGCCGGCACUUACACCUGCCGGGCCAUUGUGCCUCGGAUCGGAGUGGCUGAGCGGGAGGUGCCGCUUUACGUGAACGGGCCCCCCAUCAUCUCCAGCGAGGCUGUGCAGUACGCUGUCAGGGGCGACGGCGGCAAGGUCGAGUGUUUCAUCGGGAGUACGCCACCCCCAGACCGCAUUGCCUGGGCAUGGAAGGAGAACUUCCUGGAGGUGGGGACCCUGGAACGCUACACGGUGGAGAGGACCAACUCGGGCAGUGGGGUCCUGUCCACACUCACCAUCAACAACGUCAUGGAGGCCGACUUUCAGACCCACUACAACUGCACCGCCUGGAACAGCUUCGGGCCGGGCACGGCCAUCAUCCAGCUGGAAGAGCGAGAGGUGUUACCCGUGGGCAUCAUCGCCGGGGCCACCAUUGGUGCAGGCAUCCUGCUCAUCUUCUUCUUCAUCGCCUUGGUGUUCUUCCUCUACCGGCGCCGCAAAGGCAGUCGCAAAGACGUGACCCUGAGGAAGCUGGACAUCAAAGUGGAGACCGUGAACCGGGAGCCGCUCACGAUGCAUUCUGACCGGGAGGACGACACUGCCAGCGUCUCCACGGCGACCCGUGUCAUGAAGGCCAUCUACUCGUCCUUCAAGGAUGACGUGGACCUAAAGCAGGAUCUGCGCUGUGACACCAUCGACACGCGGGAGGAGUAUGAGAUGAAGGACCCCACCAAUGGCUACUACAACGUGCGUGCCCACGAAGACCGCCCGUCUUCCAGGGCAGUGCUCUAUGCUGACUACCGUGCCCCCGGCCCUGCCCGCUUCGACGGCCGCCCCUCGUCCCGCCUCUCCCACUCCAGCGGCUACGCCCAGCUCAACACCUACAGCCGGGCCCCGGCCCCCGACUACGGCCCCGAGCCCACGCCCCCUGGUCCUGCUGCCCCCGCUGGCAAUGACACCGCCAGCCAGCUGUCCUACGAGAACUAUGAGAAGUUCAAUUCCCAUCCCUUCCCCGGGGCAGCAGGGUACCCCACCUACCGACUGGGCUACCCCCAGGCCCCACCGUCCGGCCUGGAGCGGACCCCGUACGAGGCAUACGACCCCAUUGGCAAGUACGCCACCGCCACGCGAUUCUCCUACACCUCCCAGCACUCGGACUACGGCCAGAGAUUCCAGCAGCGCAUGCAGACGCAUGUGUAGGGCCGGCGCCUGGCCGGGGCGUCUCUGCGGGGCAGAGGAGAAGGCUCUUACAGCUGUUCCCUGAUAUUCAGGGACAUUGCCCGUUGUUGCUCCCGUCCUGGACCAGCCUUCCUCCUCCCACCGCGGCAGGCAGGGAGCAGGUCUCCCGGAAACACCCCGUCCCGAGGAUGGUGCUCUGCGCAUGCCCCAGCCUCCUGGGCCUGCCCUUCCCUCUUCUUCGGGAGGAUGUGUCUCUUCUGACCUGCACUCUUGCCUGGCCCUAGUCUGGGGACUGGGAAAGUGAAGGUUGCGGAGAGUAGAGGGGCCACUUUUUAGCAUUCCCUUUCUAUGCCGCCCCUCUGGUCUCACGUGAGCAGACAGGGCGGGGGUCCCGUGGGGAGGAGCAAGCUUUGGCCCAGGGGACACGGAGUGUCGGGGUGGGUGGCUCUGGUACAGAUAGAUUGCCUGGCCCGUCCCAUCUGUUGUCCGCGUCAUACCUUGGGUGCGUCUCUCCCUCCUCGGGACUGCAGAAGGGACCUUGGAUUUGUUUUUGUUAGCCCUGGCACCGAGUUCAGAUCCAGCUCAGCUGGGAUUAAAAUGCCAAGUCAUCUUGGCUGCCCACUGUGGACACCUGUCUCUCUGCCUGCAGAGGGACCCAGGUAUCUCCCCUAGCGCUGCCCUUUCCUCCUCCUCCUCCUCUGUGCUGCGCCAGCCGGUAGGUCAGGGGGUCGUGAUGGAGAAGGAAAGGUCAGGAACCACGUUGAGUCACCAGCAAGACAGCAGAGCGCUACAUAGCGGUUUCCAGAACCCACGCUAGAGGGAGCCCAUCCAAGCCCCCUCUCCUCCCCAGCAGGCCCCACUUCCUGGCUUUAAUGAGCCUGCCUGGGGAGUGUUGGUGAAAGCGGGGGUGCUAUUGGCUAUUCUUCAAAGACAACAAAAAAUAAUU